UGAGAUGCUGGAGGCCCUUGUUAAUAUCUCUAUGAAUGGUCCAGAGGCAAAUUCUUCAGAAUGUGACACCCUGGUGAAGAAGACCACUGAGAAAUGGCUCUCUGGAAAACGCUACAAUUUGGCCAAAGGGAAGUCAGCCUCAAGAGAAAGCAAGGGCAAAGAACCUGCACCACCAGAAUUAACAAGUGUAUCAACACAGACGGACCCACAAGUUGAAGAUCGUCAGAGUCAAGAAGAACAACAAGCGUUGCAAGAGGAAGAGCAGGCCCUCAUUAAACUUGGCUUAGCAAAUUUUCAAGAUGAUCCAAGUUGUGACGACAGUGACAGGGACAGUGCAAUGGGGGAAAGUGAUUUCAGUGACAGUGACUUUUAACUAAAAAGAAUCGAGCCUGAGUGCUUGGAUGCCAUAACGAAACUGUUCAUCUGUAUUUUCAAUCUGUAGGAAAACUCUGACUGCAAAAAUAAUUAUUUCAAAAGUUGAUUCAUGUUAUAACAGGUCAAUGAAGUACUGACAAGGGAAAGAGGUCAAUUUUUAUUUAGAUGUAAAUUGUAAUAUGUAACAUGGGACUGGAAGGAAAGCAUUGUAAUAUGUAUGAGUAAACAUAAUUUUCAAGAAACUCUUGAUAAUGAGUCAGAUUUAAGAAAAACUCUAGGUUAUAAUAAAGUGU